AUCCUCCACCCUGCACCCCUGGCAGCGCGGUGGCCGCCCCUCCGCGCAGAGGAGCUGCCGGCUCUCGCCGCGCCCGCCGCCUGCAGCCCCCGAUGCUGUUGGCCAUGAGCGCCUGCAGCAGGAAAGCUCUGACCCUGCUCAGCAGCGUGUUCGCCGUCUGCGGCCUCGGCCUCCUGGGCAUCUCGGUCAGCACCGACUACUGGCUCUACCUGGAGGAGGGCAUCGUGCAGCCSCAGAACCAGACGGCCGAGAUCAAGCUGUCGCUGCACUCGGGGCUCUGGAGGGUUUGCUUCCUGGCAGGGGAGGAGCGCGGCCGCUGCUUCACCAUCGAGUACGUCAUGCCCAUGAACAUCCAGCUGACAUCUGAAUCCACAAUCAACGUCCUCAAGAUGAUCCGCUCUGCCACCCCCUUCCCCCUGGUCAGCCUUUUCUUCAUGUUCAUCGGCUUCAUCCUGAGCAACAUCGGCCACAUCCGGCCCCACAGGACCAUCCUGGCCUUCGUCUCGGGGAUAUUCUUUAUCCUGUCAGGUCUGUCCCUCGUGGUGGGGCUGGUCCUCUACAUAUCCAGCAUUAACGACGAGAUGCUCAACAGGACCAAGGACUCGGAAUCCUUCUUCAAUUACAAAUACGGCUGGUCCUUUGCCUUCUCUGCCAUCUCCUUCCUUCUCACAGAGAGCGCCGGGGUGAUGUCCGUGUACCUGUUCAUGAAGCGCUACACGGCCGAGGACCUGUACCGGCCCCAUCCCGGCUUCUACCGGCCCCGCCUGAGCAACUGCUCCGACUACUCGGGCCAGUUCCUGCACCCGGACGCCUGGGCACGGGGCCGCAGCCCCUCGGACAUCUCCAGCGAGGCGUCCCUGCAGAUGAACACCAGCUAUCCAGCCCUGCUCAAGUGUCCUGACUAUGACCAGAUGUCAUCGUCACCGUGCUGAGCCCGGCCGGCCCCGCGCCCGCUCCCGCGGCUCCAUUUGUCCUUUCGUUCAGGCCGCUCUUCCCGGGCCAAUUCUCUAUUUGUAGGAGCGUAAAAAUAUAAGCAGAGAGGUUGGUUGUAUGACUGGUAGUGUAAACUAGAGAACUGGGAUGUUAACAUUUC